AUUGUUGCUAUAAUUGUUGGAACAAUCAGUUUGCUACAAUCUCGUGAGUUUAUUUUUCAUCAUAACUUGUAUGUUCAACAUUUAUUAUUAUAAAGAAAAUAUUUUUCAAAUGUACAAAACAACUACAACAUUUUAUAAUUUAAUUCGAAAUGUUUAUCACUUAUAUUCUUGCUGUUAUUUUUAUUCUUCCAGACCAAGUAUUUUGUCAAAAUCGUAUUAUAAAUGGAUUUUCUGCCAAGAAUCAUCAAUUUCCAUAUCAAGUGUCAUUGUCACGUUCAACAAUUUGGGGAGUACCAUCAGAAAUAAAAUCAUCACAUUUUUGUGGUGGUUCAAUUGUCAAUGAAAGUUGGAUAGUAACAGCGGCUUAUUGUGUUUAUAAACUUUCAGCAACAUCUAAAAUUCAUGUAUUAGCUGGGAAGCAUUUUUUAAAUGAGACAGAAAUUCAUCAACAAAAUCGUAUUGUCGUGUCAGUUGUUAUUCACAAAUAUUAUCCAGGAUAUUAUGCACAACAUGACAUUGCUCUAUUAAAAUUGAAUGAACCAUUUAUCAUAAAUAAUUAUGUUAAAAUUGUUGCUCUGCCAAAGUCAAAUGAAACACCAGAUGCUGAUGUUUAUUGGCUAUCAGGAUGGGGCUCAGUAUCACGUGAUGAUAGAUCAACAAUGUCAAAUGAAUUGAAAACAUAUUAUGUGCCAAUAAUUGAUUUAAAUACAUGCAGAGAUUCAAUGAAUGAAGCUAUGGUUCAUAUGGAACUUUUUCAUACUCAAAUAUGUACUGGACCUUUGUUGGGCUCGAUAAUUGUUGCACCAUGUAUUGGAGAUUCUGGUGGUCCACUUGUUAAAAAUGCACAGUAUGGACCAAAAUUAGUUGGAAUUGUUUCAUGGGGUCUUAAACCAUGUGGUGUUUCACCAAUAUCAUCAGUGUACACUCGUGUGUCUUCUUAUGUUGAUUGGAUUAGAAAUAUUACUAACAGCAAUAGAUUACCACAAAAUUGCAUGGAUAUUUGUUUUUUAUAA